GGCGUUUACUGUGAAGUUCAAAGGUCCGGACUCCUGUAGGUGUUCAUAAACGCUCAGCACACAUAAAUCCGGCAGUGAGAGGAGCUACUGAUCUAUAUUGUAGUUUCAUUUUUACCACAUUUACAAACGCAAUGGCGCGAGUGGAAGUAACCAAUGUGACCGUUUCUCAGGGGGUUCGUAUGUUGUUCAGUUUAAUGACUCCUAAUGAAUCCUCAUUCGCGACUGUACGAGAGGUGCCGACAUAUGUCAACCAGGCCACACCAUAUUUCAUUGGUUUGAUAUUAUUGGAGAUUGUGUUGGGAUGGUUAAAAACAGAUGGCCCUCGCAUCAAGAUCAACGACUUCAUCACGUCUUUGUCCGCAGGGAUGAUGUCGCGUCUGCCUCAGCUCGUGAUGAGAAGUUUGGAGCUGUCAGCUUAUAUUUAUGUCUGGAACAACUUUCGUGUAUUGGAGCUUCCCUGGGAUUCAGCUUGGACGUGGUGGCUUGCGUUUCUUGGUGUGGACAUGGGAUACUACUGGUUCCAUCGAUUCGCCCAUGAGUUAAACUUCCUGUGGGCUGCCCAUCAGGUUCACCACAGUUCUGAAUACUACAAUCUGUCGACAGCACUACGCCAGUCUGUCACCCAGCAGUUUUCCUCAUGGGUGUUUUACCUUCCUUUGGCACUGAUGGUCCCUCCGUCAGUAUUUGCAGUGCACAUACAGUUUAACCUGCUGUAUCAGUUCUGGAUUCAUACUGAGUUGGUCAAAAAUCUUGGACCUCUGGAGUGGAUCCUAAAUACUCCCAGCCACCAUAGAGUUCAUCAUGGGCGAAAUCCAUAUUGCAUCGAUAAGAAUUAUGCGGGAAUUCUGAUCAUAUGGGACAGGAUGUUCGGUACGUUCACUCCAGAGAGUGAUAAAGUUAUCUAUGGGCUCACACACCCAAUCAGCACAUUUGAAAUCUGGACUGUCGAGUUCCUUUAUUAUCCGUACCUAUGGCAGAGGUUCUGGGAAACUGAAGGAAUUUCAAAUAAGCUGUCCAUCAUUUUUAAAGGGCCAGGCUGGACUCCAGGAAAACCAAGACUGGGAGACAUUGCUGAUAUACCCCAGAUUACAGGAGAGGAAAUGCCUCACGAUCCUGCAUGGUCCCCUGCAAUGCAAGCCUAUGUGUUUGUACAGUUCAUGCUUCUGAUAGAUGUAUAUAACAACUUGUUAAUGUAUCAAAUGAUACUAUCUGGGCUGACUGCACUUCUUUUGACUGCCUACGUAUUACUUUCUCUAACCUCUCUGGGCUUCCUAAUAGAUCAGAGGGCUAAUGCAGCUGAAUUGGAGAUGCUGAGAUGUGUUUUGAUAGUGGCUCUUCAACGGUUUGGUUACAUUAAGCCUCUAGUGCCUCUGUUGGCUUUUCUGAUUGAAGUCUUUGUCUUAAUCUCUGCAGUCUACUGGGGUCUACAGUUUGUGAAUCAGCGAACUAACAGGAUGAAGAAACAAAACUAGAUAAGACAUCAACUGACAUCAACAGCAAGCAACCUCAUACUGAUGCAUUACGAUACAGUGUCCUGCACCGGUGACAUCUUUCAUAUAUUUAAUCAUGAAAUUUGUCCUUUUAAUUUUACAAAAAAAAAAAAAAAAAAAAAAAAAAAAAAAAAAAACCUGCUGCUCUCACAAACUUUUCACACUGAUUUUGGUUUGGCAUUGAAGCGAUGCUAUAAAAAGCAUGAAUUAAUAUAUUGUAAAGACAACAUGGUUUGUAGUUCUUCCAGCUUAAAACUAACUUUUCAGCCAUAAUCAAUGCAUGUGGUAUAUAAAAAUGCAAAAGGUACCUAUUAACUGUAGCUUAAUCUGCAUGCAUGCUAUUAUUUGAAAUGUAUAUAAAUAAUGCAAGUACAAUAACUAGUGUAAUAUAAAGAAUUUUGUAAAAUUAUACACCAGUUUUGUCAUACUGUACAGAAAAUACCUGACCUCUUAGUGACAACAUGAAGAACCAACAUGCUUUUAGGUAUAAUUUAUAAUUUUAAACCAAAAAAGUCUGCUUGUUAUCGGUGGUCUGAUUUCAUGUAAUUGUACAAGUUACCACCAGGUGGUGCUAGCAGGACCCCAAAAAAUUGUGUCCCCGUUUCAUUCAAUAGCCUACAUGUGUUUAUUGAUUAUUUAAUUGCUGGUCAGUGCCAGUUUCAGUGGAGAGCAAUUACACUAUACUGUCAUAUGACAAGAAGAAAUGAUUAGUUCAAAGAAAGUGUUUGUUUUAAAAUUUAUUAUUAUUAUAAAUAAUGCUUAUAGUAGUGAUAGUAAGAAAAAAAAUAUACCCCCCACCACAAUAAAAACAUUAAUUCCUUUCUAACAUA